AACAGACGCCACCGCUGAAGACCGAAGACGGCGGUCACCCGAUGGCCGUCGACUCGUCGUCUCCUUCGCCUCCGAUGCGCAGCGAUUCCGGCGGCGGCGGCGGCGGCGGCGGUUGCGCGACCGCGGUCGCGUCCUCGCUGUCUUCGUCGCUGCCGUCGGCCACCUCGCUGGGACGCUCCCGGGCGCUGGUCAAGGCGGCCAUGGACCCGGGCGACCUGAUGAUGGAAACGUGGAACCCCAGCCCUCCGUGGUCCGACUGCUGUUCCAGCACGUUGCAGAAGGUGCCGGACGUGGACAUGCUGACCGGCGGGAACAGCGGUGGUAGCGGCGGCGGCGGCGGCGGCGGCGGCGGCGGCGGCGGCGGUAGCGGUUACUGCGGCCAGCCGACGCCGCCGACGCCCGGCAGCGGUGGCUCUUACCAUCACCCGUCCUCCGGCGCGCCGCAACCGCAGCACCACUCGAGCGACGAGGUGCCGACCGCUGACCUCCUCCAUCAGAAUCACCACCAUCACCAUCACCAUCACCACCAUCAGCCGUCCACGUUCACGUUCGACUGGCCCGGCGAGCAGUACGUGCCCAACGUUCACGAGGCGCUGGUCGAGCCCACGCCGCACUAUCUAGUCCCGUUCUCGCCGUGGCCGCACGCCGCCGACCACCACAGGCUGUUUCCGCUCCAACCGCCGCCGCCCGGCUCGCUGAGCCGACCGUCGCUCAUCUUGCGCGUCGACCAAGACGCCGGUGCACCGACCGCCGACACGUCCGUCCAAGUUCGAUCCGAUAGGAAAUGUUUUUCACUCGCACGAAACGGAGCGUCCGAGUUGGGUCCCGAGUGCUAGGGGCUAAUCGCGGGUAGCGUACCAGUUGGG